AUGGCGCCCUCGCGCCGCCGCGCGCGGUCGAGCGAGCCGGCGGCGGACCUGCUGACCUCCCUGCCGCCGCUCCUGCUCGACAGCAUCCUCACCCGCCUCGACCUCCGCGACGCCGUCCGCACCUCCGCGCUCUCUCGCGCCUGGCGCCGCCGUUGGGUGGACCUCCCCUGCCUCUCCCUCUCCCGCAUCGGCAGGGGUGGCAUACCCGCGGUGGCCGUCGACAGCGUUCUCCUUCGCUACCCCGGCAACAUCUCGAAUUUCUCCAUCCACUCUCUCGACACGCACUCCGCCCGCCGCGUCGACGACUGGCUCAUCGCCGUCCGCAACCGCGGCGUCAAGUCCAUCGACCUCAAGGGCCCAGCCCCAGCCUUCGCCCUUCACUCUUCUGUCUUCUUAUGCACGAGUCUCGUGUGCCUGAAGCUGCACUUGUGCUUGAUACCUCCUCUCCCCGUGGAAUUCACUGGCUUCCCCGUGCUCAAGCAGCUCGAACUCUCGGGCGUCACAUUCCCUCCGAACGGGCAGAUCCAACUGGAGGCAAUUAUCAAAGCGUCACCCUUGCUUGACACCCUGAGUCUUAUCUAUGUGGAUACAUACAGCGAGGCUUUCCCUGGUUGGGUGAUUUGGGGGGCCAAUCUCCGGAGGCUAACUAUAGUUUCCAAAGACAAUCAUGGCUGGCAAGUCGCCGAGCUACCAAAUCUCCACGAAGCCACCAUCAAUUUGCAAAGCUGUGAGAACUUUAGUGAUUUCGGAGGACUCCUUGCUGGGCUUGCUCAAGUUCGGAAGCUCGUUCUAAAUAAGUGCUACCCACCGUUCACAGAGGGUCAUAUCCUGGAAACACUUCCUUGCACCUUUGACAACUUAAAGAGUUUAACCCUCUGGACUCACUUUGAGGAAACGCCUACCAUUUUGUCAACCUUUUGUUUACUGAGGAAUGCUCCUAACCUUGAAGAACUUGAUAUAGUGAUCGAGGGUUUUUUGGACGAGGAAGAAGCAGAUGGGGAGUUUCAGAAUGCACAAUGGACUGACGGCAUGUGUCCCAACCUUCAAGUUGUGCGAUUGAAGGGUGUUCUCUGUUCAUCAAAUGAAAUGUGUUUUAUACAGCUUCUUUUAUCUAAAGCUACAGUUCUUCGCACUAUGUCUAUUAAUCUUGGUUAUGGAAGCUUAAAGUCUAGUGAGGAUGCACUGCGCGAACUGAUAACAUAUAGAAGAGCUUCACCCCAUGCUCAAAUCUUCUUCGAUGGCAAAUAG